AUGUCUCUGCGCAACUUGUCCGUCGUCCGCCUCUUUGCGCUGGUCGCAAUCGUAUCACACCUGCUCAUCGCCGUCGUCGAAGCUCACGGCUACGUCACCGCGCCCGCAUCGCGCGCCUACUUCUGCAAGACCGGAAAGGCCAAAGACUGCGGCGAGAUCCAGUACGAACCCCAGUCCGUCGAAGCUCCCAAGGGCCUUCCCUUUGCACGCAACGCCGACGCCAAACUCUGCUCAGCCGGUCUGACCCAGUUUGCGCAACUCGACCGUCAGGGCGCCAAGGUCUGGCCCACCACAAAGGCCGCCGAUGUCCACUCCUUCUCCUGGACUUUCACCGCACAGCACGCCACCACCAACUUUCGCUACUUUAUCACGCGCCCGGACUGGGACGCUUCCUCCACCAAAGGUCUUACCGCCAACGACCUCGAGUCCGACCCGUUCCUCACCGUCGCCAUGAACGGCAAAGCUCCCCCCGCCACCAUGAAGCACGACCUCUCCAAAAGUAUGCCCACACGCACCGGCCACCACAUCGUCUACGCCGUAUGGACCGUCGACAACACCGCCAACGCAUUCUACCAGUGCAUCGACCUCGACUUUGGCGGGUCCCAUUCCAACUCCAACUUUCCCGACGUCGGAUCAACUAGUCCGCAAUCCAGCUCGACCCCCAAGCCCGCUGCCGCAGCCCCCUCCUCCUCUGCUAGCUCCUCUUCAACGAGCAGCGCGUCCAACUCCAACUCCAACUCGGCCGCAUCCAGCUCCAAUUCGUCCGCAUCCAGCGCAUCCACCCCGGCCUCGACAUCCAACACCGACCACCGCAACCACUCGGUCAAGUCCAAGUCGUGCCGCCUCAAGAAGCGCCGCCAACCCAACUCCUCAGCCCUCGCUGCACGCGCCGACUACCGUCGCCAGCCGAUGCGAAUGCUCAAAAGGCGAUCCGCCUGA